GUUCCUCCAAUCAUGUCGUCGUUUCAAAAUCCCAGUUUCUUCUCACUGAAGAAGAAGCUCUUGCUGGGGAGUUCUUCAAGUUGUUUCCUCUUCAAUCGGAUUGUAAUUUUGUCGGGAAAAGUUAACACCAUCCACGAUUCGCAACGAGGUGUAUUGAAAAGUUUGUGUUUUUAAUGCUUCUUUGGUUUCACCAACUCCAUUAGCAAGGAACAAGAAUGCAAAGUCUUAGUCAACUUGGACCUUCGGAGAUUUUCCUAGUAGCCAGAAGAGAUCAACCCAGUACGAGGGCACAGCUUUGGUUCACGGGAAGACUCUCUUUUCGACAAGAAACAAAUGGGGUUCGUUUAAAGAAUAGAGUAGAGUUUAGUCCAAGACCUGUGCCUCCAAAUCUGAUUGCAGCAGAGAAAGAAGAAGCUAAAGCUGUUUUAACUCUAUUCUUCAAGAAGCAAGGUCUUAGCAACAGUCUCUCCUCUCGGUUAAUCAACAAGUCUGAUCAAUUCAUUGACCAUUUAGUCUCCAGGCUCCAUUCUGUUCAUAAAGCAAGAUACCUCGUAGGAAGAGAGCUUACUACUCUUGAGAUCCGAGACUCUCUUGAACCUUACCUUGAACAGCUUCAUGAAGAACACGGUGAUCUCCUCUCUGACCUUGUUGUGAGCUACCCAGAUCCACCAGCUGAGCCUAGACCUCUUGCCUCAUCUCCACUUCCGGUCUUACAACCUCGUGGUGACACAAAUUCUGCUGCAGACACUCGGAAACUCAGAGCUGUGUCUCGAGUCAGUGAACUUGAUCCAGAAGGUGCAUUACGUCCUCAGACUCUUUACCUUCUUGACCUUGGUUUAAACCUAGAGCAGAUCAAAACGAUCACUCGCAAGUUCGCUGCUUUUCCUUAUUACAGCCUUGAUGGAAAAAUCAAACCUGUCGUUGAGUUCCUUCUAGGCCUUGGAAUUCCUAAAUCAGACAUCCCCACAAUCUUAUGCAAACGCCCACAGAUAUGCGGAAUCAGCUUAACCGAUAACCUCAAACCGACAAUGGUCUUUCUCGAGACACUUGGCAUUGAUAAGACUCAAUGGGCAAAGAUCAUUUCCCGUUUCCCAGCAAUACUCACUUACAGCCGCCAGAAACUUACUUCAACUGUCGACUUCUUAACCCAAGCCGGUCUCACAGAAGAACAGAUUGGGAAAAUCCUAACCCGAUGUCCUAACAUCAUGAGUUACAGUGUAGAAGACAAGCUCCGUCCAACAAUGGAGUACUUUAGAUCGCUCAACGUGGAUGUUGCGGUUCUCCUUCAUCGAUGUCCGCAAACGUUUGGAUUAAGCAUAGAGUCGAAUUUGAAGCCUGUAACAGAGUUCUUCCUUGAAAACGGUUAUAGUUUAGAUGAGAUAGGGAUUAUGAUCUCAAGAUAUGGAGCUUUGUACACAUUCAGCUUGAAAGAGAAUCUGAUGCCGAAAUGGGAUUACUUUCAGACAAUGGAUUAUCAGAAUUCGGAGCUGGUGAAGUUCCCGCAGUUUUUUGGGUAUAGUUUACGAGAGAGGAUCAAGCCGAGAUAUGAGCUGGUGAAGAGAAGUGGAGUGAGACUGCUGUUGAACCAGGUUUUGUCGCUGUCGGGAGUAGAGUUCGAGAAAGUUGUUAAGAAGAAGAUGAUGAAACUUGCGUCUGUAAACAACGUAAGUAGUGGUGAUUUGUUGUGAAUGUUCUAGUUUUAGACUAAUUAAUUUGCCGGAGUUUAGGAUGAUCAAUCAGUGAGUGACUUGACUCUCAUAAGACCAAAACAACUCUUUUGUUGGGCCUUACUUGAAUAGGCUCGCAUAUAUAUAUUUCGUAUUCACAACUCCAAUUUUAAGAAAUGUCCAAAUUGACCCCAAUUCUAUCGCGAACCACUAAUUUUAAGUCGGUUCAUCGCUUCCGCGAAUCCCAAUUUUCUCUCGAUCGAUAAACCCUAAAAAGCUCAUCACCGUUCAAUCUGAAUUUACAUCGAUCUUGAUCUCUGGGCAUUGUUGUUCCAAAUUGAUCUCUCUAUCUCUCUCUCUCACUAUCGGGAAAGAAAAUGUCGUCUGUAGGAACAUCGAAAGGGGUACUGGAGAUCGUAAAGUUUGGUGUCUACGUCGCAGUUCCGAUCGUCCUUAUGUAUACAUUCGCCAACAACAGCACCAAUAUCAAGAAAUUCAUGGGCAAUCGUUCAUAUGUUGUCUAUCCUGAAGAGGCACCUCGACCUCCUCCACCCGAGGAGCUAAGGGAGAUGGCACGAGAGCUCGCCCGUAAGAAGAAUCUCUCUUAAGAGUUGUGAUCAGACGGGAAGGACUAAACAGAAGAGUUCGAUGUUAUCUGUAAUAGUAAAAUUGCUCAGCGUAGCAAACUGACAUAUAAUAAGGUAAUGUUAUGUUGUUGAUUCCUGUAAGAUCAAAAAAAUGGAAUGUACAAGAAAAGCAAUAAUGACGAAGAGGUGGCAUUUGUUUUGUUCAAGAACCUUGGUUACGUUUUGUGCUUAAAUACACAUAAAUGGAUACAUCAUUUGUAGUAAAAUUA